AUGGCUCAUAAAAAUAUAUAUUAUUCGGACAAGUAUUAUGAUGAUAAAUAUGAAUAUAGACACGUAGUGCUACCAAAAGAAUUGGAAAAACUAGUGCCUAAAACUCACCUUAUGAGUGAGCAAGAAUGGCGUAGCAUUGGUGUACAACAAUCUAAAGGAUGGGUUCAUUACAUGACACAUCAGCCUGAGCCACAUAUUCUUCUAUUCAAAAGAUUAAUAACAUCACCACCCCCAGAAUAAGAAUUUAUUGAAGGUUGUUAAGUUUGUAUACAAACAAAAGAUGUUUUGAGAUGGUUUUAUCUUCCGUGCCUAUAAAUUGAUAUUUCAAACUUCUUCAGGAUAACUUAAGGAAUAUUUUAAUUUCAUAUUCUUUUGUGAAUUUGAUACUAAUUU